AUGAUGGAAGUCAAAACAUCCGAUUCAGGAACCUCCACCGGCUCCAAAAACGCCAUAUACGAUGAUCACCAUGCGCCUGUCACUUCCAUUCUUCCGGAUGGGGAUGUGCCCUAUACAGACCACGAGAUGGACGCCGAUGAGCGGGUGAUUAUGGCCUUGGGUUAUAAACAGGAAUUCAAGCGUGAAUUUUCCUUGUGGACAACCUUUUGUGUCAGUUUCGCUGUUCUCGGUCUACUGCCAUCUUUUGCAAGUACUCUCUACUAUGGAAUGGGAUACGCCGGCACCGCGGGUAUGGUCUGGGGUUGGAUCGUUGCCAUGAUCCCUAUCCAGUGUAUUGCAAUGGCAAUGGCAGAGCUGUGCUCGGCCAUGCCUACCAGCGGAGGUCUCUAUUAUGCUGCCGCAGUGCUCGCACCCGAAGGAUACGGUCCUCUGGCUGCUUGGUUAACAGGUUGGUCCAACUGGAUCGGACAGAUCACUGGAGCACCAUCCGUUGAUUACGCUCUAUCGGCGAUGAUCUUGGCCGCCGGCUCGAUCACCAACCCGGGCUACGUCCCGACGAAAUGGCAGAUCUUUCUGCUAACCACGCUGAUCAUUAUCCUGCACUCGAUAAUCAGCAGUCUCCCGACCAAACGCGUGGCCCAAUUCAACUCGUACGGCUCGACUUUCAACAUUCUCGCCCUCGUCGUAACCAUCAUCGUCAUCCCAACAGCAACAACAAACAACCCCAAGUUCACACCUUCCCACGAGGUCUGGAACACAAUCACCAACCAAACAGACUUUCCCAACGGCGUCGCCGUUCUCAUGACAUUCGUCGGCGUCAUCUGGACAAUGUCCGGCUACGACUCACCCUUCCACCUGUCAGAGGAGUGUUCCAAUGCAAACGUCGCCUCCCCUCGCGCAAUCGUCAUGACAUCCGGCGUCGGCGGCAUAAUGGGCUGGUUCCUCCAGCUCGUCGUCGCCUAUACAGUCACCGACAUCAGCGCCGUGAUGAGCUCGGACCUCGGCCAGCCCUGGGCUUCCUACCUGCUCCAAGUCCUCCCGCAGAAAGCCGCGUUGGGUAUCCUUGGUCUGACGAUUAUCUGCGGUUUCUCUAUGGGCCAGGGAUGUAUGGUUGCUGCGUCGCGCGUGACAUAUGCCUAUGCACGCGACGACUGCUUUCCCUACUCGAACAUCUGGAAAAAAGUCAACAAGACCACUUCCACCCCGGUGAACGCUGUCAUCCUGAACGCCGUCCUGGGCGCUCUCAUGUGUCUUCUGAUCCUGGCCGGGACAACCGCCAUCGGCGCGCUAUUCUCCAUCGGCGCCAUCGCUCAAUUCGUCGCGUUCGCCAUCCCCAUCGCCAUCCGCGUUUUCUUCGUUGGGAACCGCUUCCGCAAGGGUCCGUGGCACUUGGGUCCGUUCGGUCCUUAUAUCGGUGGAUUGGGCGUUGCGUUCGUCAUCCUCAUGGUUCCUAUCUUGUGUCUGCCUAGUGUUACCAAGGGUGACUUGACUCCCGAUCUCAUGAACUGGACUUGUCUCGUGUAUGGUGGUCCGAUGCUUGCUGUGUCGGUUUGGUGGAUUGUUGAUGCUCGACGCUGGUUUACGGGCCCUGUAGUUAAUGUUGAGCAUGCUAUCCAUGCGGUUGUUAGUGAGGGUGUGGAGCCUGAGGAAGAUCACGACACGGAGGCAACGACUGUGUCGGGCAAGGCGGCUGAGAUAUAG